UACAGUCAGACGCGGCGAAACCUGGUCGAAAAUAGAGCCAAAAUCGUAGAGAUGAUCAGACAAAGAAGUAGUAGCCUCACAAAGCCCCUCAUAAACCUCUUCCGCUUCAUAACAACCGAGUCAACUCAGACCCAACUCGCCACCCCAUCCCCAGUGAACCCAGCCCACCUCCUCCGAGUCUGCACCAUCCUCUACCAGCAACAGAACUCGCCCGAGUCACGCCUCCACUCAAACCUCAACUCGUCCAACUUCCAACUCACCCAUGAGUUCUUCCUCCAGGUAUGCAACAGUUUCCCUCUUUCAUGGCGGCCCGUCUAUCUCUUCUUCCUCUACACCCAAACCCACCCCAAUUUCACUCACACGACCGUCUCGUUCAACAAAAUGGUUGACGUAAUCGGCAAGGCCAGGAACAUCCAGCUCCUCUGGGACAUGCUCCAUGAAAUGGGACGACGCCGUUUGGUGAAUGAUAAGACUUUUCUUAUUGCUUUAAAGACCUUGGCCAAGGCCAGGGAGUUGAACAAGUGUGUUGAAUUUUUUCAUGUCAUGAAUGGGUAUGGGUUUGAUUAUAGUUUGGAGACUUUGAAUAAGGUGGUUGAGAGUCUUUGUGGGUCUAAGCUUGUUGUUGAGGCCAAGUUCAUAGUUUUUAAGUUGAAGGAGUCGAUUGGGCCUAAUGGGGUUACGUACAGGUGUUUGAUUGAAGGGUUUUGUGAUGUGGGUGAUUUGAUUGAGGCUUCAAAGAUUUGGAAUUUGAUGGUGGAUGAAGGGUUUGACCCGGAUAUUGGUGCCAUUGAGAAAAUGAUGGAGACCCUUUUCAAGACGAAUCGAUACGGUGAGGCAUUGAAGGUUUUUCAGAUGAUGAGGGUGAAUAGGAUGGAUGAUUUGGGUCUUUCAACUUAUAGGCUUGUGAUUGAGUGGAUGUGUAAAAGUGGGAAGAUUGAGGAAGCUCAUGUGGUGUUCGAGGAAAUGCAAAAGAGAAGGAUCGAAGCAGAUAAUUCCACAUUGGCUUCACUGGUUUACGGCCUUUUAGCUAGAGGUAGAGUUAGAGUGGCAUAUAAGAUUGUGGAAGGGAUUGAAAAACCGGAUAUUAACGUGUUCCAUGGGAUGAUCAAGGGCCUUUUAAGGUUAAGAAAAUUGCGUGAAGCAACAGAAGUGUUUAGGGAGAUGAUUAAAAAGGGGUGUGAGCCUAACAUGCACACUUAUAUCAUGUUAUUGCAAGGACAUUUGGGAAAGAGAGGAAGGAAGGGAUCGGAUCCUCUUGUGAAUUUUGAUACCAUUUUUGUUGGUGGUCUGGUUAAGGCAGGGAAGUCACUAGAAGCCACCAAGUAUGUGGAGAGAGUGAUCAAAAGAGGACUUGAGGUGCCUAGAUUUGAUUAUAAUAAGUUUUUGCAUUACUACUCAAAUGAGGAAGGGGUGGGGAUGUUCGAGGAGGUGGGGAAAAAACUGAGGGAAGUCGGGUUGGUUGAUUUGGCGGAUAUUUUUCAGAGAUACGGGGAGAAAAUGGCCACGAGAGAUAGAAGAAGAAAUAGAGAAGUAGAGCCAUGAAGAGAGCUUGAAUGUGCUCUUUAAUUUACUGAUAUAUGAGAUCAGGUUGUGGUGUGUUUGAAUUGAUGAUUUCGAAUGACAUACUUUAUAUUGACCUUGUCCCUCUUUAAUUCCUUCGGCCACCGUAGUCUGUACCAUGAAAUUGAUUGAUGCCAUUAUGAUUAGUUCCAGGUUAUCUUGGGUUUUUCUAAUUUAGUUUGAUUGAAGUACUCUUGUCUUAGAAAUCUCUGGACGGAGAGAGAGAGAGAGAGAGAGAGAGAGAGAGAGAGAGAGAGAGAGAGAGAGAGUUUACAUGAUCUAACUUCAAGUUCAUUAAGACUGCCUAGCAUCAGUUGAUAGACAAAAACAACCAUGGCUGAUAUUUCUGGCACAUCAGGUACUCGGUUAUUCUUCUGCGAGCUUUUAUGUGGCUGAAGGUUCAUUUGAGGAGCCAAUGGGGAGGGAGAGCCUUCAGAAACUAUGGCAGAAGUACAAGGUUGAUAUUGCAGUAUAUGGUUAUGUGCACAGUUAUGAAAGGACGUGUCCCAUUUUCCAGAAUAUUUGCACCAAUAAGGAGAAGCACCAUUAUCAUUUGGCAUGGCUUUCAGUUCAUCAUCCUGUUCUGUUUCAUUGGAACUACUUUGGGUGCUGGAAUGUAGAGGUUCAUUGGAUGUUGUGUACAUAACCAUGCUUGGCUCCUUACAUGACAAAUGAUUUAUUAUCCCUUUCAGUGCAAUAUUCAAUUUCCUUUCAAAAGAUGUGCCAAAAAAACAAAAAUCCUUUCAAAAUAAUAUUUCUAAUUACUUUUUUUUUGUAAUGGGAAAACCCAAUCAAAACAGGGGAUUUGGAAUGCCUAGCCAUAUGAUGUUGUUCAGAGCACAUAAAAAAGGAGUUAAGCCUGGCAUCCACCUAAUCAGCGACUACAUUUGCUGAAAAUGUUAAAACUGCAAAGGCAGAGCACUGGUUGCGGAAAAUGGGAGCACGGUGGAAUCUUCUUUAGAUUCCAUAAUUGUUGCUAUCGUUGGAACUCACAAACCCAUCAUCUUCAGCUGGCUUUCCUCUCUUGUUCUUAAUUCAGUUUCUUCUUCUGAGAUUCUUGAUUGAAUUAUGACGCUGUGUGUGAUGAAAGAAAUAAAACUAAGGUUGGCGUUCUGCUGGUUUUUGCAAGCCUUGAAAAAGGCGAGUUCAUGGGGAGCAGCCUCUUUCAAGAAUUCGUAUUCAUAAGGAAGCCAACCUUUGCUCUUCAUGACCUUGCUUAUAUUCAAGCCUCACCUACAGUUGUAGGAUUAAGGGCAUAACUUAUUGGGCUGACUGAUGGGUUUCUUUCACUGCAGAAUGGGUGACGUUGGAAUUUGGUUCUGCAAAACCCAUCAGUUGAUGAUUGUGGACUGGAGAACCUUAUACUCGUUGGUCAGUGGACUGAAGCCGAAGUUAUAUGUAGCGGAUGCCAAGCGGUAAUUUUCUCUUAUAUAUGGAAGUUCGAUGGACUCUUCAGCGCUAGGGUUAAGUAUGAAGACAGGGCCACACCUAGAGGAUGCACAAACCAAGCCAUGGACACUCUGCACAUGAUUCGGAUGACAUUCAAAAGCUUCGCAUCGACUCAUGUAUGAAAGUUCGGCGACAGGUUCUGGAUUUAGAAUAUACUCCACAAGAUCAGGAUAACGUUUGAGAAAUUUGCUCCGAGUCGGGAGUGGAAGUUGGGCGAUGGGUGUUGGAAUCAGAAUAUUAUUCUCUCCUUGUUGCUCCUCUAUCUUUGAAGAGAACAAACGGGUAUUCUUCUGGAAAAGGAAGUUAGUGUUGCUCUUGUUUCUGUCGUUGAAGUCGGUGACAAAGGAAGGGCUGCAGAUGAGGGAGGACCAAGACUUGCAUAUGUACUUGCACCGGAUCAGAGCCUCUGGUGGUAGCCGUGGGAGUAUAUGAUUGAAUAUGAUUUCAGUUGGGAGCUCCGCGUUUAUAUAUACAUAUCUUGAUUUUACCAAUUUCCUUGGGCCACUUUCUCUGGCCAUCGAAA